AUGCCUGUGUCUCGAAGUUCUUGUUCAGAGAGUGCUUGGUUGGCACUCGCCCCCGACCCCACCUUCUCAGAUGUUCUUUGUUCUGAUGAUGCUCUUGGUUUGGCUUCCCGAUUCAGUUUUCCUGUUCGGCCUCUAUGGUUCUCCGUUCUGAAGCAGCUAGUUGGGGCUGCAAGUGUGGAGAGAAGCUGCAAAAGCUUGUUGUUGAGAGAAGCUCUCUCCCAGGGUGAGACACUGGAGACAUCCCAGCUACCUGGAUUUCCAACUGCUUCAGAGAAAUGUUCUGUCUCUGACUCCACUACUGUCACAGCAAGUACAGUAGCACCACCUACGUCAUCUUUAUCUACUGACCCUCCAUCUGUCUUGUCGUGGGCCAGAAUUGUUUCACAAGCGCCUAAGAAACCUGUUCUCUGUUCAGCUCCACCAAAGAUAUCUGCACAUAAUGUUUCUCAGAGCAAUGGUGGUGAAACAAAACUGAAAGAGUCAGUUGAGAAACCGAAAAAGAAGAAAAAGAAACAAAAACCAAAGGAACCAAAUGCUGUUCCAAAACCUAAUGAGUCCAAGAUAACUGUGCAGGAGUUACCUCGAUUUGAGGAUGACAAAGAAUUUCCAGAUUUGACAUCUGCAGUAAGCAGUUCUGACAAAGCUAACAAUGCUGGAGAAGAGACGUCAUUUAACAAACCGGUUAGCAGAAAUCAACUGGACACAAAGUCUUUAAGAACUGAAUCAUCAACGAAUGGAGAAUUGGUUAUAAAUAUGACCAACUCCCACCCUAUUGGUGGCAAACUGAUCCCUUUGGACCAAAACCAGAAACCAGUCCAACUGCUAAGAAAAGAAUCCAGUCAUGAACCUGCAUCCAGUAGUCCACAGAAGAAAGCUGUGGAAGCUCCAAAGAAAGGUGGUAAAAAGAGUAAGGUACCCAUGCAGCUAGAUUUUGGUAACAUGCUGGCUGUCCUAGAACAAAAGCAGCAGGAGAAGAAGUCCAAACACACCCCUAAGCCAAUCGUAUUUGCAGUUGGAGGGACAUUUCCAUUAGUUCCCAAAGAACCCACAACAUCGAAAAGACAGCCCCAAGGCUCAAGUCAGGAAAAGAUUAUAUUGAAGGAAAGAGAAGAAAGGAAACAGCGACGCUUGCUAGAGGAAAAGGGAUUGAUCCCAUCAGGUUGCAAUGUAUUGGCUCAAGAGGAUCAAGCAGUUAUUUCGGAUCAGAAUGAGAACCUGGACACACAAAACAGAGCAGCUGAAUUAAAUGGCAAGUCGUUUUAUGACCGUUUUUAG